AUGUCCACUCUUCAGGUGAGGAUAGAUUCACAUGUUCGGCGAUUUUGCCGUUUGGUUUUGGGAUGUUCUUUCUUUCUUUCUUUCUUUCUUUCUUUACUAAUGGUAUUUUUCUUUCUUUCUUUUUUCUUUCUUCAUUUAUUUAGUGUUGAUAUCCUCUUUCUUUCUUUCUUUCUCUUUCUUUCACUUUUCUUUCUCUUUCUUUCUUUGCUAAUCUCCUCUUUCUUUCUUUCUUUCUUUCUUUCAUUAGCGUUCUUUCAUUCUUUACUACUGAUAUCCUUACUCUUUCUUUAUUUGCUCGUGGUAUCUUUCUUUCUUUCGCAUUCUUCCUUUGCUAGCGAUAUCCUCUUUCUUUCUCUUUCUUUCUUUCUUUCUUUUUUUGAUAUCCACUUUUUUCUUUCAUUCUUUUUCUUUCUCUGUUUGCUAAUGAUAUCCUUUUUCUUUCUUCAUUUUCCUCUUUCUUUUUUUCUUUCUUUUUUUCUUUCUUUCUUUCUUUCUUUCUUUCUCUUUCUUUAUUUCUUUGCUAUGAUAUCCUCUUUCUUUCCCUUUCUUUCUUUACUAGUGAUAUCCCCUUUUUCUUUCUUUCUUUCUUUCUUUUCUUUCUUUCUUUCUUUCUUUCUUAAUGAUAACCUCUUGACUGGCCAUUCCGCGAAUGGUAAUAUUCUUCUAGGACUCAUUCACUUUUCAAUAUUUCUUCAUCUUUUUAUUUCUUUCAUUUCUCUUUCAUUUCCUUUUCAAUGUUUUUUCUUUUUCUUCUUUUUUUUCUCCCUCGUCUUCUACUCUCGCUUAACAAUUUUUCUUUUGCUUCUUUUUGAUAUUUUCUCUUUCUAUCUAAUUUCCAUUUUAACGUUUCUUCUUCCUUUUCAAUAUUUUUUUCAUGUUUUCUUGUCCUCACGCUUAACAAUAUUUUCUGUCCUUUUCUCUGUUUCCUCUUUCUUUUAUCACUUCAUUUUAAUGUUUCGUCUAUCUAUCUAUCUAUCUAUCUAUCUAUCUAUCUAUCUAUCUAUCAAUCUAUCUAUCUAUUCUUUUUCUUUUCCCGUUUUCUUUUCAAACUUCUCUCUUAUUACGGUAUUUCUUCUUCGUCUACUUCCACCACCAUCACCACCACCAUGGAGCACUGAUGGACCUCCCGUGCUGACACUUGUAACCCUCUGUUUAUUUGAACUGUUUGCAUCACAAUGGCGCAUCUAUCUAUCUAUCUAUCUAUCUAUCUAUCUAAAAUCUAUCUAUCUAUCUAUAUCUAUCUAUCUAUCUAUCUCUCUCUCUCUCUCUCUCUCUAUAUAUAUAUAUAUAUAUAUAUUAUAUGUAUGUAUGUAUGUAUGUAUGUAUCUAUCUCAUCCUAUUUACAUCUAUCUAUCUAACCGUAUCUCAAUCUAUAUACAGUAUACGUAUGUGUGUAUCUAUCUCACCUUAUUUACAUCUAUCUAUUCUUUUUCUAUCUAUCUAUCUAUCUAUCUAUCUAUCUAUCUAUCUAUCUAUCUAUCUAUCUAUCUAUGCAUGUAUCUAUAA